AUGGAAAGUGCCGACAUUAAUCCGUACACAGGGCGUGCUUUCAGUUCCCGUUACCAUUCUUUGCUGCGCGGGCGCGAAAAACUUCCGGUUUUUGCUGCUAAAGAGAAAAUUCAAGGUCUUGUGGCUCGCUAUCAGACGCUGUUGCUGGUGGGCGAAACAGGUAGCGGCAAAACUACGCAGGUGCCACAGUUCGUAUUGGAGAUGAAUCCCGAAAACGCAAUUGCAUGUACACAACCACGCCGUGUUGCUGCCACCAGUGUAAGUGAGCGUGUUGCGGAAGAGCUUGAUGUAACUCUUGGUGAGGAAGUGGGUUACUCCAUCCGUUUUGAUGACAUGAGUAGCGAACGAACAAAGUUAAAGUAUUUGACCGAUGGUAUGCUUCUACGUGAAGCCAUGGGUGAUCCUCUUUUACGACGUUACAGUGUUAUUAUCCUUGAUGAAGCACACGAGCGUACAGUUCACACAGAUGUUUUAAUUGGUGUGGUGAAGGAGUUGCUCCCACGGAGGCCAGACCUGCGAGUUGUGGUGAUGUCUGCAACAUUGGAGGAGCGACGCUUUCAGGUGUAUUUUCCAGAAGCACCCCUAGUCCACAUCGCCGGACGUAUGUACGGUGUGGAGGUGUAUUAUUCUCGCCUUCCAGAGUCAAAUUACGUGGAGGCGGCGAUACGUACGGCGACGCAGAUUCACCUUUAUGAGGGUGAAGGAGAUAUUCUCAUAUUUCUCACCGGUGAGGAUGAGAUUGAGCAGGCGGUGGAGCGACUACAGAAUGGUAUGCGCAUGGCGGAGCACAGUAGUGCUAAUUGUCAUAAAGGUCCAGUGGUGGUACUUCCCCUCUACUCUGCUUUACCCCCACAACAGCAGCGAAGGGUGUUUCAAAAGGUUCCUCCUGGUACACGUAAAAUUGUUGUGGCAACUAACGUGGCCGAAACAUCUCUUACCAUUGAUGGUGUCGUUUUUGUCGUUGACAGUGGUUUCUCAAAGCAGAAGGUGUACAAUCCAAAGCUGCGGGUGGAGUCCCUUUUAGUGACACCCAUCAGUCAAGCAAGUGCCCGACAACGUUGUGGUCGUGCAGGUCGUACUAAACCAGGUAAAUGUUUCCGCUUGUACACGGCCAAAUCAUUCGAUACAUUGCUACAGCCACAGACUUACCCAGAAAUUCUUCGUUGUAAUUUAGGCUCGGUUGUACUACACAUGAAGAUGAUGGGUGUAGAGGAUCUUGUAAAUUUUGAUUUUGUGGAACCACCUGCACCAGAGACCCUUAUGCGAGCAUUGGAAUUGCUUAAUUAUUUGGGCGCUAUAAAUGACGAUGGAGAUAUGACAGAAUUUGGUAGACUGAUGGCAGAAUUACCAUUGGAACCUGAAAUGGCUGCAAUGUUACUCCACAGCCCUGAAUACGGAUGUUCAGACGAUAUUGCACGUAUUUGUGCAAUGCUUUCUGUACAGAGUCCUUUUAUAAAUCCGCCCAACAAUCAGCGUGGACAUGCGAUGCGAUGUCGGGAGCAAUUUUACCACCCUACAGGUGAUCAUGUUGCGCUGUUAAAUACUUUUAAUGCAUUUCACGAUACUAACCAGCAGAGUGCGUCCUGGGCCACUGAGAACUACUUGAAUCCUCGCGUUAUGAAACAAGCUGUUAGCAUUUAUCGACAACUGCUUGGUGUUAUGCGCCGUCUAAACUGCAAGAUUUGUAGCACUUACUCUGCCUCACAGAAUCAUACACAAGGUGACGCAAGUUCAAAUGAUGAAUUUGCAAAUGAGAUUCGUCGUGCCAUUCUUCGUGGGUAUUUUACUAAAGUUGCUCUUUCGUUACCCACAAAGAACCAGUUUCUGACCCUGAAGGACGAUGUUAAGUGCCUCCUGUUUCCCUCAACCUUCCUUAACCGUCGACCAAAGUUUGUGGUGUUUAAUGAGCUUGUACUCACUAGCAACACGUAUAUCCGCACUGUUACUGCUGUUUCAGAUGAUUGGCUUCUGGAGGUGAGUCCAUCAUACUUUGCCCCGGAGGAAUUUGAGGGAGUGAGUAGGCAGGUGUUUGAUGAGUUGCACCGCCGUCAUCGCCGUAAUGCAGUUUCGACGAAAGAGCACAACGGUAGGGGUCAAAAACGUCAUCGUGCAGACGACAGUGAUACCGACUCUGACUCGUGUUAA